AUGAACCUAGUGGGCGGCUACCCCCAUCCACACCCCCACCAUCACCCCCCUCACCCCCAUCCCAUGCUGCACGAACCCUUCCUCUUCGCUCCGGCCUCUCGGUGCCAUCAAGAGCGGCCUUAUUUCCAGAGCUGGGUACUGAGCCCCGGAGACGUAGCCCCAGAUUUUCCUGGGAGGCGACCGCCGCCCGCUUCCUACAGUCCGGAUGCUGCAGGAACCGCGGGGCCAGCGCAGAGCCCUGGCAGGCUGGAGGCGCUGGGUGGCCGCUUGGGUAGGCGGAAAGGCGCCGGCCCCAAGAAGGAACGGCGGCGCACGGAGAGCAUUAACAGCGCCUUCGCGGAACUGCGUGAGUGCAUCCCCAACGUGCCCGCCGACACCAAGCUCUCCAAGAUCAAGACCCUCCGCCUGGCCACUAGCUACAUCGCCUACCUCAUGGACGUGCUGGCCAAGGACGCUCAGGCCGGGGAUCCCGAAGGUUUCAAGGCGGAGCUCAAGAAGGUGGACAGCGGCCGCGAAAGCAAGCGUAAGAGGGAGCCGCCCAACGAAGGAUAUCCUCAUCCCCUUGGACCCGGAGAGAAAAAGAUUAAAGGGCGGACAGGCUGGCCACAGCAAGUCUGGGCUUUGGAGCUCAACCAGUGA